AUGAACCCUAACCAAAAGUCUGAAAGCGAUAAACUUGCAGAUGGGCUGGCUAAGAAAAUUGUGGAGGAGAUAGAAAAGCGGGCGAACGAAAUGACGAAGAAAAAGAAUGAAGAGCUGAAGAAAGUAAAGAAAGAGAAGGAUGAAGAGCUGAAGAAAGCAAAGAAAGAGAAGGAUGAAGAGCUGAAGAAAGUAAAGAAAGAGAAGAAUGAAGAGCUUAAGAAAAUAAGGAAAGAGAAAAAUGAAGAGCUUAAGAAAGUAAUCACGGAGAAGGAUGAAAUGUUGAAGAGAGUGAUGAAGGAGAAGAACGAAGAGCUUGAGAAAGUAAUAAAUGACAAUGAUAAAUUGCUGGAGGAUGAGCGUUGUGAAUUAGAAGAGUUAGGGAAAAUAAACUCGGCACUGCUCAUAAAAGAACGUCAAAGCACUGAUGAAAUACAAGAAGCACGCACAGAAUUGAUUAGGGGAUUCAGAGAUUUAUCUGGUGAAGGAUCCAUGAUCGGAGUAAAGCGGAUGGGAGAAGUAGAUGAAAAACCUUUUCUGAAAGUAUGCCAGCAGAGAUUCACCACUAGAGAAAACGUUGCGCUGCAGCAUGCCAUGCUCUGCUCAAAAUGGCAGGAAAACCUCAAGGACCCAGCAUGGUACCCAUUUAAACGAGUGGGGACUGGAGAAAAUAUGAAGGAAGUUGUGGAUGAUAAAGAUGAGAAACUUAAAAAAUUGAGUGAAGAGUGGGGAAAAGACGUGAAGAACGCAGUGAAGACAGCACUUGAGGAGCUUAACGAGUUUAACCCAAGUGGUAGGUUUACAAUUCCUGUACUGUGGAAUUUUGAACAUGGGAGAAAAGCCACACUCAAAGAAGGUAUUGCUCACAUGACUCAGCAGAUCAAAAAUCUCAAACGCAAACGAACCUAA